CAAUGCAAGAUUUUAUAGUGGAAAAAUAAAGAUAUUUUUAUAGUGGAACACAUCAACUCUAGUAUGAUGUCUUCCAAUUAAUUACUUUGUUAGCAAAUUUCCUACCUAUAGAUGAAGUUCAAAGAUGUGCAAUGUCUUGUAGGUUACUGUAAGUUCUGAAACGGCCCUUCUUCAAAUUUGGUAAGUAUUUUUUUUUUCUAACUAAUUCAAUUCAUUGUAUGUCUCAUUUUUAAAAGGUUAAUGUUCGAUUUUGUAAUAGAUAGACAAUUCAUCUCUUGUGCAAAGUGAAAACCCCUCUCUCUUGCAUGUGAAUUACUCUUCAAUAUACAACAUCCCUAAUGAUUUGCUUUAAAAUUGAGAAAAAAGUUGUGUUGAUGAUCAUAUACUAUUCAUUAUGAUCAUAUGUGCUAUGUAUAUAAUAGUGAUAAAGGGUGUCAAAAAUGGGAGGAUAUACACACUUGUAGGGUACCUGGUGAAGUGUUUCAGAAAAAAAGUGGUAGUCCUCGUUAUGUAAAUACAACAUAUGAGGAGAAUGUUAGUUAUGAGUACAAUAAUUGCAGAACUAUUUGUUGGAGAAAUUGUACUUGCACUGGAUUUCGAGAAUUUUAUAUCAAUAACACUCGAUGUCAAUUCUAUUUUGGAAAUUCGACACUUGACGUUAAUUUAGAGGAUGAUGAUCACUUUUACAUCUUGGAUCGUGCAAAGAUAGCCCCCCAUGGUAAAAUAAAGUGGGUAUGGAUAUGUGCAAUAAUAGCAGCAACUUUACUUGUGACUUUCCUAUCCAUUUUAUUUUUAGCCAUAACGACAAAAAAAUACAGGCUUAAAGAGAAGAACAGAAAAAGAAUGGAAGCUACUAAUGAAUCAUAUGCUAUUAAAGAUCUUGAAGAUGAUUUAAAGGAACAUGAUAUAAAAGUAUUCAACUACUCAUCGGUUUUAGCAGCAAUGAUGAACUUUACACCUGAAAACAAGUUAGGAGAAGGUGGCUAUGGACCUGUUUAUAAGGUGACUUAUUACACAAGAAGGAUGCUCUUAGAUUGGAAAAAGUGCUUCCACAUAAUAGAAGGAAUUUCUCAAGGAUUACUCUAUCUUCAUAAGUACUCAAGACUCAAAAUCAUUCACAGAGACUUGAAGGCUAGCAACAUACUUCUUGAUGAAAAUAUGAAUCCAAAAAUUUCUGAUUUUGGUAUGGCUAGAAUGUUUGCAGAAUAUGAAUCAACUGCAAACACCAACAGAAUUGUUGGGACGUGUGGAUACAUGUCACCUGAAUAUGUUAUGGAAGGAAUUUGUUCUACAAAGUCAGAUGUAUAUAGCUUUGGAGUGUUGUUACUUGAAAUUAUUUGUGGAAGAAGAAACAAUAGCUUCUAUGAUGCUGACCGCCCACUAAAUCUUAUAGGAUAUGCAUGGGAGCUAUGGAAUGAUGGUCAAUGUCUAAAGUUAAUGGAUUCGUCAUUAAGUGACACAUUUAUUUCUGAUGAAGUGCAAAGGUGCAUUCAUGUUGGUCUCUUAUGUGUUGAACAAUAUGCAAAUGACCGACCUCCCAUGUCUGAUGUUGUAACUAUGUUAACAAACAAAAGUGCACAUUUUACUUUACCAAGAAGACCAGCAUUCUAUGUAGAAAGAGACAUUCUAGACGGUGCAACAACUUCAAAUGUUCCUAACACCUAUUCUACAAAUGAAACUUUUACAUCCUCCGAUGGAGCUUAAGAGUAGUGACUAAUAUUGUUUGUAUCACUUGGGCAAUAUAUAUAUGAUCAUACGCUCAUACACAUAUAAUACAUAUUUUUGUAAUCUAUGCACGGUCAAAUGCUUAUUUAAAACAUAUUUUGUUGUUUGAAAA